AGGUCACCUCCGCUAGUGCCUUCUGGGCUAACAAGGGUAAGAGGGUCAGGAAGGAGUACUUUGUGGGUAACCAGCCUACGGAGGAAUGGUCAAUGACCAUUGAGGAGUACAUGUCGGUGAGUAAAAUGUCAAUGAGAUUCUACAUUGCUGCUAAGUUUUCAUUGGAUUAUCUUGAGUUGAGUAUUGCGUUUUCAGGUUUGUCCCGAGUGGGCCGAGCAGCAUAGGGAGGCAUGGCAGGAGCUGAUUAGGGCGAGGUGGCUCAGGGAGGACGAGGAGUUUGCAGCCGUGUCGAGGCGGAACAUGGAGAACCGAGGCACCGUUGGCACACACUGCGCGGGAAACCGCGACUACACCCGCUACAAGGGGAAAAUGGUAUGUAUAUACAUGGAACGACCUUCUUUCAUUUCCCGUCAUGUUACAUUUGUGGUACGCAUAACUUUUCUUUUCGCGAUGCAGGUGGCCGAGGCAGCACCUGGGGUGGUGCUUCAUGAUGCCCAGAUAUAUGACAUGAUGCGGACGAAGAAGAAGCCCAAUCCCGCAUUGCCUCAGCCACAGUAGUACGGCAAUGCCAAGGCCGCCAAGGAGGACUAUUGCGACAUGGUCAAGUCUCGUCACCCCGAGGUGGAUGACCCCUUGAGCAUUCCGGUCGACGAGGAGUCGUUGGUCCUGUCGGGGCGCGGGCGUCCGCAUGGCCGUUACCCCUUUCUGAAUAAGGCGGUCAAGCCUACCCCAGCCACGAGCUACACGCGUCUCAAGCAUACCCUCACCGCCGACAGCCCCCAGCCUCGUCCACGGCCUGCUCGUCCACCCGCCUACGAUCUUGAGUUCGAGGCGACCUUCGAAGCCUGUAAUGAAGCGUAUCAGCAGGCCGCUGCGCAGUGGAAUAGGCAGAAUACGGCCUACAUGGCGUAUAUAGGAGUAAGUCUGAAUCUUUCUUCUCGCAAGUAGAUGACAAGUCUCAGUUUGAUGCUUUAUUUCUGCAA